GCUAAAGUUAGGAUUAAUAUAAAAGUACCACCAACAAAAAUGACAUAUCAGUAGUUGCAUCAGUGCAUUCACAUUCUAAUUUUUCAGAGACCUCACCAGUAUUACGCAAGAUGUCUUAAUAAGGUUUGAUUUUGCAUAAUAUUUCCCUUAAAAUCAACAAGAAAAUGUCUAUCCGUAAUUCCUAAAUGGCAUUACUAAUAUUGUCAAACUUCUGAGGGUCAAACUUACCAAAAUUAUUUGCUUUCAGUCAGGGAGUCUAUACCAAGGAGAGGCAACCCCUUCAAGGUUCAACUUCCUUGCCCCAAAUUGUUGUUAGGCUACUAGGGCUGUGUUUUAUUGCAAAAAUCUUUUAUAAAAAAGUUUAGAGAAAGAGAUGCCAACAGCGAUUUCAAGGGACUGAGGCCGGAUAUCGCUGCGCGUGACCUUUCUUUUAUUUCCUUUUCUUGCGGGGUGUAGUAAGGUUCUAAGAAGUCUUCUCUACGCAUUAAUAAUAAUAAUGAUACCGCAUCGACGUUUUGAGCGUUCUCAAAACAGUUUAGGACUUUUUGUCCUUAUCAUAAUCUUCUUUACUUAUUCAUAUAGUUCUAUUAAAUGACUUUGCGAUACCACUUCAAAAAAAACUCAUGCCUCUAUCCACCCUCAUCGGUGACGGUUUUUCUAGGUUUAAGGAAAACUCCGCGAUGCACGUGGAGUUUAGACUGAGUGAACUAUCUAAUAUAUGUGCGUUUAAUCCGAACCAUUUUUAUCCCGUAAGGGAUUUGUUGAGGCGCGAUGCCGGGACUCAAUCCAAGGCCUCCCCACGAACCCCGCCGGACGAUACGAACCCCCGGCGAACGGCCACCCAAAACGGCAAUCCCAUCCCGUUGUCAUCCCCGCUUGGCUCCAAACGCCAUGAGGACGGCGCCAGUCUUGUCAAGGGGAAGUUUAGCCUGAGCCCGGACGAGGCCCAUUUUAACCCCCGUUUCUGCCUGCAAUUCAUUUUGGAGCGGAUUGUCAAGCUGGAGACGACGGAGAUGGUCGCGCAGGUCGAAGAAAGGGAGCGGCAAACCCUGAAAGAUCGCGGGGGCAGGAUUACACGAUACCGGGUUUCCCCCCGUGAGGUUAUUCUGGCCGCCCUCCCCGCCUCGGCGGUGGACUGCGUGGUGAAGAUUCGGCUUCUUCAGCUUCCCCCGUCGUCUUCAAUCAGCCCUACCAGUGGGGCUUCCCUUCGCGGGGCGGAUGUCUUUCAACCGAAUAAAUCGCUCGCGGAGGGUUCGUUAUGUAUUGGCGUCGCCAAGAUUACGCUUCGGGAGCUUAUCAUGAUUCGUAGCGGGGUACGUAUGGUCUUACAACCCAAACAAGGGAUUGCUCGAGCUCUGGAUGAGCUUACUUCGAACACCGCAGCUAAGAAUAGGAUGUUAGGCAAGGAUAUUGGCGGAUGCGCCUCCCUAACCCUUCAGGUUUUAUCCUAUUCCUUUAGCAAUGUUGCUUAUUCUGUCUUGCUGCUUUAUCAUGAAUUUCAAUCUAAAACGUGUUUGGAUGAUAAUAUGGAGACCGUUAGUAGUAAUUCUAAUCGUGAUUUCCACAGGCAAACCUAUUCUUCGUCUGAAUUCAGCCCAUUGGGGAUCAGCGCUGAUAAUGAUCGAUUCACUAGUCAGGAUGGAUUGGAUGAAAAUAUGGAAGGCUCUCAAAGUGGGUGCACCUUUACGUCAUGUCCUGAAGGUCAGCACAAAAUAGAUAGCUUGCAUUUGAACUCACCCGCAAUGCGUUUUGUUUUAAUUCCAUACAUCGCACUAGUGAUUAUCAUUCUUCGUCUCCAUGACGUGAUCUUGUGGCGAAAACCGCUGGUGACGUUUAAUAUGGUUGCGUUUAUUAUCUUUACGAUACAUAUGAAUAUUCUGAACGCGGGUGUAGUGCUCAUAUUCUUAGUUUAUUUGAUUAUGUUUAUGAAAACGUUAGGGAAGCUUUACCGCAUACCCAUUGCAAAUUUAAACUCAGGAUCUCUGGUAUCGGAGGCAUUUUCAAGAGAUACCACCCGAAACGUCUUGUAUAGUCGUCGGUAUACUUUUCUCAAUGCCUUAGCACGGGCGAAACUUUUUUUUUGUCAAGGGCUCCAAGAGGAUAGCUUUUAUGAGUUAGCGCUCGCAUUUCAUAUCACCCGCAAUUAUCGAUUCAGCAUACUCUUUAAGGGAGUACUGCUUUGCGUAGGUGUAUGUUUUCUUUCAACGGAAAUUUUUUGUUUGAUGUUCAUUUUUGGUCUUUUUCUAUUAUACCCAAUUUCCUUUCGACUUCCAAUGAUACGUAGUCCGAAAAAAAAGAGAUCGCAGGGCCUGUUAUGCUUCAGCGCCAUACUGAAUGCAUACCGCGUUAACCAACCCAUGUAUAUUUCAAGAGUAGUAAAGGUCAUUGUGGUUUUACCAAAGUCGACCAAUAAAUUCGAGGCGUCGUGUACCGAUACCCUUACUGCACAAACAUUGAAGCCUCUGUUAGACAACAAUAUGUAUUCUAAAGACAAAUCUCAAAUCCGACAUUUAUCGGACAUAAAUCAACAACACCUUGAUUCGUUCGUCAUAGACCAUAUGAACGUCGAGGCGGUAGAAAGACAACAACUCAUUAAUGUCAUGCGACUGUCGUUUGCUCUCUUAGUCAUCACCGAUCACGAUCCGGCGUCUAAUAAAAUUCUUUUCAAAUUGCUCUCACAUUUUAAAAAUACCCACUUUCCGAAAGUUAAACCGACUGAUGACUCGGCAAGUAAUACGGAAGGCUUCGAAACAGGUACUAUAACGAUCGAUUUAAACCGCUCGCUCGUUAACUCUAUGGAGGACUCUUUCGAAACAUUUUUUUAUCAAACGUUGAACUUAUUAAAUUAUAUUAAACGUAAUGCCUCGCUUCAGACGUACGUUUCGCCGUUGUGUGCACUUCAUACGGGCAAUCUUAUACACUUGGAACUUCUUGCGCAUCCUUUAUGGCUGGUUGAGGAGGGGAAGAACGAUGGGAUCACCGCUACGAUUAAAGCGAUGUCGAAACGAGACACCUUAAAGGUUGGAAAAAUGGGUUCCUGCCAAGGAAUUGAUAAUGACGCCCGAUCGAUGGCAUUACUCGCAGCUUAUCUAAUGCAAGGGUUGAGUCUUUCGGUCUACUCCCAAGGCGAGCUUAGCGCCGCGAGUGCGAUCAUUUUUCCCCUGAAGCCGCGUUCCAAUGGUUUUCAUCUCGCACCCAGACCUAAUCCAUGCCCACCUAAUCUUUUUCAAGCUCUGGAGGAGAUUUGGCAUGGGGGGAAGGGUUUCAAAGUCCAGAAGGGCAUUCCGAUUGGGAUCGAUCAUGUACUAAAAAUAAUUUCGACGUAUAAAGACAGGCGUAGCGGGUGUAUGCGAAGUUUUGAUGCGAGUGGACAUCUGGAGCAAAACAGCAUUACCUCUCGAGUGUCAAUGCCUCAUACUUUCACUUCUAAGCAGCCUAUUUUAUCCAAAUAUUGCCCAACGGCUUCUAAUUUUAUCCCAUUAUCUGGUGCUCACUCUUCGUAUGGUACUUUACCGGAUAAUUUGAUUAGUCAACGAAAUGUCGAUCACGAAGCAAACUUGAGGAUGAACAUGCCAACAACAUUUACAUCACAGCCAGAUAUGAAUAUAGAUUUCUCCAUCAAGGAAACACACUGA